AUGCCUCGCGACCCGCUCAUUGGGCUCGUCGGCAAACCGAGUGCCGGCAAAUCGAGCAUGCUCAAUUCGUUAACAGAUGCCACGUCCAAAGUUGGAAAUUUCCCCUUUACGACCAUCGACCCCCAACGAGCGGUCGGCUACCUCCAGGUCGACUGUGCCUGUGCCCGCUAUGGCGUCACAGAGCGCUGCAAACCCAACUACGGCGCGUGCACCAAUGGUCGCCGGUCCGUGCCCAUUGAGCUGCUCGACGUGGCCGGACUUGUCCCCGGUGCCCAUCAGGGCAAGGGUCUCGGCAACAAAUUCCUCGACGACCUACGCCACGCCGACGCGCUGAUCCAUGUCGUCGACGCCAGCGGUACUACGGACGCCGAGGGCAAGAACACACGGGGCUAUGACCCGUCCGUCGAUAUUGCGUGGCUGCGGUCCGAGAUCGUGCAGUGGAUCAAGGGCAACCUGGUGGAGCGAUGGCCGGCUAUCCGGCGGCGGCACAUUGCCGCAAAACAAACGGCUGUCGAGACGAUGCAGAACCAAAUGUCCGGGUACGGCAGCACGGCCAAGCUGAUGGCGCGGACGCUGGACCGGCUGGCGCUCAAGGAGCCGCUGGAGGCGUGGGACGAUGCGCUGCUGGACCGCGUGGUCAAUGCGUUCACGGACGACAAGUUCCCGACCGUCAUUGCGCUCAACAAGAUCGACCACCCGGAUUCGGACCGCAACAUUGCCAAGAUCACCAAGAUGAUGCAGAACGAGUCUGACAAGAUCGUGCUGUGCUCCGCUGUGUCCGAAAUCUUCUUGCGCAAACUGGCCAAGCAAGGGUACCUAAAGUACACCGAGGGCGGCGAGUUUGUAGACACGCGCGAGGACCUGAUUGCCGACGGCGACCCGGAGGGCGGCAACCUCAAGGAGAUGGAUGAAAAGAACUUGCGGCGCAUCAACAAUCUGCGUGAUAUGGUCAUCUACCGUUUCGGAUCGACGGGCGUCGUGCAGGCCCUCUCGCGGGCGGCGGACGUGCUGAACCUGAUCCCCGUGUUCCCGGUGCGCAGCAUUGCCGCCCUUACUAUGGCACAGGCCAGCGCUGCCGCCGCCGCCGGGUCAGCAGAUCCGACAAUGGGCGGCCCGCCACCACUAUCGGCCGCAGAGGCGGCAAAACCGCUCUUCCGAGACUGUGUUCUGGUCAAGAAGGGCAGUACCGUGGCCGAAGUGGCGCGCAAGUGCAUGGGUGAUGCGCCAAUAGCCUACGUUGAGGGUGCUGCAGGCACACGCGUGGCUGAAGAUGACACCGUGGAUGUCGGCAAGAACGAUGUUAGUAUUUACAUCUUAUGCUUCAAGGUUGGCCGCAUGUAA